AUGUAAAUCGAUUAAUAAUAAUAAUCUGCCAAAACAUAAAAUAAGGAAGUUAAAAAUCUAAAGAAAAAAGAAGAGGCACAGUUGAUAGUUUUUCCUUAGAAAUUCCUUAAUCCUUUCUUGACCUAUAGAAUGAAUGGAGUAACUAGAAUAUUUAACUUAAUUUAAGGAUUUUCAUCUCUAUGCAGCUGCUUGUUAUAUUCAAAAUCACAGUCUGCCAAAAAUUGGAAUGAGUUGCCAAAAUCCAUAUAAAAAAAUUACAAAUAUUGUUUUAGAUUAAUGCACUGAAACAAUCACUUUGCAUUACACAUAACUAGAUUAUUUAUCAAUUCCAUCGGAAUAUGUAAUUAAAAGACUAGAGAGCUAUGGAGAUUUUUAAAUGAACCAAUUAGGUGAAUAUAUUAAGAAAUACAAUGAGUAGCUUAAUUCUGUUUUAAAUUAAGAAAAUAGUAAAAUGGUAAGAAAUAUGUUUUAAUUAUGUAGAUCGUAAGAAAUUAAUAUAGAUCAAAAGGUUCAUAUAAAUAUAAAUAUGUAAAAGAAUUAGAUUAAUUUUUUAUUUCUUCCUUAACAUACGAUAUAAAAUUAAUAGAAGAUUUGGGAUUUUCAGUUCAAUAAUUUAUUGAAGCAUGUUUUAAGACAGGGAUUCCAGAGUUUAUAUAUUUUAAUUUAUUAUUAGAAUAUCUUUGAAACCAGAUAACACAAAUGACCAGUAUUAUAAAAAUGUUGUAGAGUUUGCAAAACCAUUGGUAUUUCCAGAUGAAAACCAAGAUUUUUACUUAUAUUCUUAUCGAUAUCCUUAUGUAUUAAUAGACAAAUUAUGUAUUUUAAGGGUCUGAAAACUGACGUAUCUUUUUUAAUAAGAAAAGAAAAUUAAAAUUCUUAAUAAGAAAAUGAUGAUCUCAUAAAUUUUAAUUUCUAUUUCAAUUACACUCCAAAAAUUCAAACUAAUAACACAAUACUCCAAUCUAAAAAGCUAAGAUCUUCGAAUAACAUAUCGUUUUAUUAUUAGAUUUAAGAGAAUUAGUUUUAAAGAUGUGGUUAUAAAAAAAUAAAACUUUCUUGA